UUCCUGCUGUAAUUAUACGCGUCAAAGCUUAGUGUUACUAUUCAACACACAAAAAAAUAAAUAUUUUGAUGAAAACACACGAUAAACUGAUUCGGUGAGAUGGACCAAGUAAUGAAAAAACAUGAAGAAUUAGGCCAGACCCAGGCACAACCAGCCAGUGGUGAGCUCACGUGCAGCGUGCACUUUGUCAAUCCCGGGCUCAGUCCGGGAAGCUCAUCCGAAGAUGAACUUGGUUCGGUGACAAAAUUGGUCUCGAAAGCUGAAGACUUGGAGCUCGAACAUGUUUUCAAACGGCAAUCUGCAGAUAUUGCAAAGAAUCGUUCCCUGUUUGAGUUCGGACAUAACUUUGAAGAUGUUCGUGAUUGGAUGAGCAUCGAGCAACCAACAAAAAUUCCCUUUAAGUCCGUUUUACGCUAUAUGGUGGAAAAUCAUUUGAAGACGACCGUCAAGAUAGAGAUCAAUAAAAUGUAUUUCAAUUGCCAUUUGAUUGUGCUACAGGCAUACUCCAAGUACUUCAUGGAACUCAAUCCAAUUCCGCUCGUUGUGACGCUGCCAGAGGAGAAGGUGUCACAAAAAGCUUUUAUGCUUGUCUACAAGUGGAUGCUCAGCGAUAAGCCUAGCUUGGAGCGUAAAAACAUUAUUCCCGUGUUUGUGGCAGCUACUUAUUUGAGAGUUAAGGACUUGCUGUUCCAUUGCUGGAAGUAUUUCGAUGAUAGAAACUGCUUUAACGAGGCCUCCGCUUGUGUCAUGUAUGUUGAAUCGAAAAACAAUUUGGCACUCGAUGUUGUGCGCAAUUUGAUGCUCACGAGAAUACAAAAGUUCCUGCUCACCUUUGUGGCAACAAGCGAUUUUUUAGAAGUGCCACUGAAGCAUCUUGUCUAUCUUCUCUCGUCAAAUGAAAUCUGUGUAAACAGUGAAGUUGAGAUACUUUUUAUUAUUGUACGCUGGCUUGGACACGAUUGGCAGAGGCGAAAAUCAAAUGUGCAAAGCUUGAUCAAUUGCAUUCGUUUCCCUUCGAUGCCUCUUUGGUAUUUGCUGUGUGUGCGACGCGUGGAGACUCAUAAUCUAGUCAGAGAGCUGCUCAAUUCGUCCAAUGUUGAUGCUCUCAUCAAUCAGUCCAUUUCACAGAUUACUUCAAAGAUGUACGAGCAAAAACAGGAGGGGUUUAUUUUAGAUUACGACAGCAUCACUAAGAAUUUGCAGCAGUCUCGAUGUUGGAUAGUGGAUGAGGCGUGUCCGUAUUAUCACCACAUCUGCUGUCCGCAUACGCGCGACAUCGAUUUUAAGCGGUUUGAGUCUUAUUUAACAACGUUGCAGCAACAGCCACCUGAUUAUUGGAGCAAAGUGGAGCUUUUGGAUAUAAAGAAUCCGAGAAAAUGUAAAUGUAUGCAAUAACGGUAGAUUUAAAUAAUC